AUGGAGACGAAAAAGUUCAAAGAUCUGUCGUCUUUUGGUUUCUAUGUCGGCAAAGAGAAGACAACAACAGACGCACUCUCGUAUACGGACAAGGAAAAUCACACGGACAGUGUGAUGGCAAUCGAAACAAACACUUCACUCAAUGCUAAUGAUUCACGUUCCUUGUGUACAACUAACAAUCUUGCUCCUCUGACUGAUCCGAAAGCAACAACGGCUGUUACGGAGACUUCGUCAAGCUUACAGUCAUCUGGAUCAAAAAAUGAUAUUGGAAAUCAUAUCAACGGUCGAUUAUCACUGUCUGAUGAUGUACGGUAUUUGCUCUUGAAGCAACAUUUUGUUCCCGAUGGAAGACUUGAAUGGCCAUUCGCUGAACGAAAGACAAACAACACGAUUGAAAAACGUUUCUUACGUCAAAAGCAUCUCGUUGAUAAUAAACCAUGGCUUGUCUAUUCGCCUGCGAAGGCUGGUCUAUUCUGUUUGCCUUGUGUUCUUAUCAUCAGACACAAGAUGAUCAAUAGUCAUAGAGAUAGUUUGCUGGCAGCUGAAAAAUUCAUCGAGGUGUACGAGAAUAAAUGUGAUGGCAUUGAUGAUCUAUUACUCGCCAAGCACAAGUUGGACGAAAUGGACAAUCGAGAGCGCGUGAAACCGAUUAUAAGAACAAUAAUACUCUGUGGUCAAAAUAAUAUCCCGUUGAGAGGACACAGAGAUGAUGGCGAUUUAAAUUUGAACAGUGACUCUAUCGUUGCCUGUGAAGGAAACUUUCGCGCAUUGCUUCGAUAUCGAGUAGAUGGUGGUGAUUCCAUCCUUGCUCAACACUUAUCAAAGGCAACACAGAACGAACUGAUUGAAGUUUGCGGUGAAUUCAUUCGAGAAAAGGCGAUUGAAGAAGUGAAGCAAGCCAAAUUCUUGUACCAUCAUUGCGGACGAUACCGCCGACGUUAA